AUGAUAGAGAUCAGCUACCGCGACACUCAGAAUCCGGCCUUCUUCAUAUCCAGAUUACAGCUCACACAACACUGCUCACAACUGUCUCUCAUUCUUCUGAAUUCAUCUCAACACCACGAGAUGACUGAUGGGGAAGAUAGCACCCGCGUGAAGCACCCCUGCGUGGGCAAAUAUAGAGUCGAAGACACCAGUGCGAUGGACAUGUGGUGCGGCGUUUACGCACUCCGUAUAAGCACCAUCAUGCAGCUCGGCCUAAAGCUCACACGCAAUGACUUCAUUAAUAUCUACCAAAGCGAGGAGAUGCAAGAUUACAACAGGAGACACAAUUUCAUCGGCGUCACAGAAAACUUUCACGAAGAUCAGCUUGCCGUCGUUCUGAGUAUAUGGGGUCGGGAAAACGAUAUGAACAAUCUCCAGCUCGGUGUAAUUGUGCAAGAUGGCGCCUGUAUGCUGUUUGGGGAAGAUGACAAAUUCAGAAUCGUGCGGGAAGAGGCGGAUAUGGAAGAAGAGCUUAACUAUGAAACUGUGUGGAUCCACAACGACAAUGCAAGGGAGCUUUCGGGGACAGAAUUCAACCAUUUCUCCGGUGUCACAAUUUUCGACUACGAUAGUGAGACAGAUGAAGACCCGGAGGUGGGAGACGAGACGAAUCAUAGAGACGAUGCGGUGAGGGGACUCGACGCGGAGGAAAUGGACUGUACAAAGAGAUGGAAUAGCGUGGAUGAAGAGAACCACAUGGACCAGGGGUCCGACACAGAGGGAUGA